AUGAAUUUUGCCCCUUCUUUGACAACCGAGAUCCAGUUAAAUGACGGUCAAACUUGCACAAACCGAGAAGUAUUUCAAGAUAUAAGCAAUGUCACUUCUGUUCAAACUUCAGAUACAGUAGCUGCACAAAGAACUGAUAAUGCUGCGACUUUUAGCAGAGACGAUGUUGAUGACUCUUUGCCGGAGUAUUCCCACUGGCAUCCCAGGCUAGUUAAUCCGGAAUCAGCACCGUAUCAAACUAAAGACAACCCGGAGACAUCAGAAGCAGAACAAAAUCAAUCCGACCAGCAGACGCACUCACUAAAACCAGCUGAAAACCCUGUUUGUCAGGAACCAGAGACAUCACAACCAGCUAAUGCGCCCACAUGCGAUAAAAGCGACAGUAGCUUUGUUUUGACUUCUCCAAACAACUCUUUCCACAUCUAUUUACUAAAACAUCCUCUCGUGUUGUCAAAAAGCGUGGAAAAACGGCAAUUAUCACGUCGUCUCCCUACAAAUAAGAAUAAGAAGUCAUCGACCAGAAAAAAAGAUGCUGAGCAGAAAAAAAAGACAGAGAAAAUAGAAACAAAAAAGAGAAAAGAUGAAUUUAAAAAAAAGCAGAAGAAAACUACUACAAAAGCUCAAAAUAAAAAAUCACAUAUAUAUAAAUAUAAUAGCUCAUCAGCGAAAACAGCAAAACGACGAAGAGUCUCAUCAUCUGGAGAUGAAAGUGAAGAAAAGGGGACACACUAUGUAUGUAUUGUGAGGAAGUAUAUUCCGUUUCAAUUGAAGGGAGGACAUCAUGCUCAUUAUGUGCAAGAUGGGCUCAUAAUAGCUGCGCAGGAAUAG